AUGGCAAUAAAUAGCAACAUUCUCACAGAAAUAGAUAUUCCAGAAACAUAUAUAGACGAUCUUCCAAAGCUGAAAUUCUAUUGCCAAGUGAUUGACGAUUCCUUUAAAUGUGACCCUAUAAGGCAAAUGUCUUGGAAUUUAUCAUCAAAUUUGAUAAGCUUUUUAUGGAAGCCAAUAAUAGCAGCCGAGUCUUGUAGAAAUCGGGACGAUAUAACUUCGUAUAAGCAAAGAUAUCCUGAACUUUCACAAACUUCAUUGGAUACAUGCAAGAUCCAAUACAAUCGGAUGUUCAAUCAUAUGGUGCCGAGGAGUGAAGUUGCUCCGAGCCAGCAUGGUCCUGUUUCUGAAUCAGGGGGUGGAGUUAUUGGUGUCUCGCCGGUGAGUUUGGGAAUGGAUGGAGGGGAAAUUAAGAAGAAAAGAGGUAGGCCAAGGAAGUACGGGCCAGACGGAUCGGUUUCUGCUAUGGCGUUAUCGCCUUUGCCGAUCUCAUCUUCAGGUCCUUUUUCUAGUGAGUUUUCGUCGGGGAAGCAAGGGAAACCAAAGGGGAUGGAGUUCAAGCAGUCGAAGAAAGUUGGAGUUGAUCUGUUUGGUGACUCGGUUGGAACCAACUUUAUGCCGCAUAUCAUUACCGUAAAUGCUGGUGAAGACAUUACAAUGAAGAGGCAGUCUUGA